AUGACGGACCAAAUCACGACCAUGGAGGGCGCUAUUCGCGCAGCAGAGCAGACGCUGGAGCACAUUUUCAACCCCAACUUGGAACAAGACAAGCGCAUUCCAAUUGAUCUUCUCCACGAAGCCAAAGGCUUGGCUUUUCUCACGGUGAUCAAGAUUGGCUUGAUCUGGACUGGCAAAGUGGGUACAGGCGUCGUGAUCUCGAAGCUGCCGGAUCGACGAUGGUCAGCUCCUAGUGCCAUUGGCACAGCUGGCAUGGGCUUUGGGGCUGAGAUGGGUGCGCAGUUGAUCGAGUUUAUGAUCAUUCUGAACUCGGACAUGGCGGUCAAGAGCUUUAUGCAGAAGGGACAGCUCUCAGCUGGUGCUAAUUUGGAGUUUGCAGCUGGUCCCUAUGGUCGUGCAGCGGGCGCGAAUGCCAACUUUAGUGCCUCGGGCAUUGCGCCCAACUAUACCUAUAGCCACAGCAAAGGCCUUUUUGGCGGGGUGGGCUUGCAGGGGUCGGGCAUUGUGGCCCGUGCGGACAUUAACAAGAAGUUUUACGGUCGCGAGAUUACCCCGACGGAGAUUUUGACGGGAGCUGUCGACCAGCCAGCUGCGGCCUCACAAUUGUAUGAUGCACUGCAGCGCAUUGUGAGCAUCCCGCCGUCAGGCAAUGUGCAGAACCUGAAGCAGAAGCUCAUGUCGCCGUUUACAGACCGGAUGCCUGCAGCUGCUGUUGGACCGGAUGUGCAGCUUGUAUACGACCGUGUCGUGCGACUCAUUGAAGGCAUUUCAGGCGCUACCGGCGUGGACGAGUUCAAGACGAGCUGCAAGGACUAUGGCCAGAACCGCUGCACGGACGACGAGUUUGUCAAUUAUCUGAGCAGCAAAUUUACGGCUGCACAGACGCUCGAGCUGUUGCCGGAAAUUGUCAAGCUUCUGCAGGAUGCCAACAAGCGGAAAUUCGUCUGGGAGUACUACCUCAAGGUCAAGUCGCAGUCGCGAUCGACCAGAAACGCGACGUCGCCCUCGCUGUUUUGA